AUGGAGCUGAAGGUGGACCUCCAGCGCUCCGGAGCGGUGCUGAGGCCGGCAGGGCCGGCGCGCCGGCCGCCCCUCCUGCGCUCCCAGACAGUAGCGCUGAGCGCCGCCCGGCUGAGUACGACCGCCGACACCCACGGCCGGUCCAUGUCGAUGCCGGCGGCCGCUGGCGGCACCCUGCCGCCGCUGCACCACCUGCCCGACCAGACGGUGCAGGGCAUGCACACGCACUACUACCCCGAGGGCGGCUGGGGCUGUGCCGCCAUGGAGUGGGUGCCGGCCGACGCCCGCCUGCUCCGCUCCUGCUCGCUGCCGUCGCUGGCCGGCGGCGCGGCCGACUCGGGCGUCGACUCGGAGCCGCCGAGGCACGCGCUCGCCGCCACCAUCGCGCAGCACUACUACCUCGAAGGACACUGGGGCUGGGUGGUGGCGCUCUGCCACGCCCUCGUCAACGUGCUGGUGCACGGUCUGCAGAGCAGCUUCGGUGUGAUGGCGGCUCCCGCGGCCGAGGAGUUUCGGCGGCCGCCGUUGACGGUCGGCUGGCUGGGGGCCAUGUCGAUAGCGCUCUCCUGGCUGCUGUCGCCGCUCACCAUCGCCAUCUGCCGGCGCAAGUCCACCCGGCUGACGGCUGUGCUCGGGGGCCUGGUCGCCGCGCUCGGCAUCCUCUUCAGUUCCUUCGCGUCUCGCUUCCACCAGCUGUUCAUCUCGUACGGAACCAUAUUCGCGGUGGGCGUCUCUAUGACCCGGGACGCGUCCACGCUGAUGGUGGGCCAGUACUUCAAGCGGCGUCGUGAGCUGGUGGAGACGGUCGUCAUGUCGGGCAGCGGCGUCGGGCUGGCGCUCAUGUCCGCGCUGCUUCAGGGCGCCAUACAGGCGGCCGGCUGGCGCCUGGGCCUCCAGGCCGUCACCGGGGUCAUAGUGCUCACCUGUCUGUUGGGCACCUUCUACCGGUCCGCCUCGCUGUAUCACCCGCAGCGCAGGGCCAUCCUCCACUUGAAGCACUCCAAGAAAAAGGUGAAGGGCAAGACCAAGGUGGAAGACAAGCCGCCGUUCCUCGACUUCUCGAUGCUGAGGUCGAGGACGGUGCGGGUGCUGCUCGUCUCCACCAGCCUCAGCUCCCUGGGCCUGCACACGCCGCUCAUAUACCUGGCGCAGCAGGCACGGCAGGAGGGGAUCGCCGACGACUCGGUGCUGCUGCUGCAGAGCUACCUCGGCCUCGGCUGGACUCUCGGCUGCUGCGCCUUCGGCUUCGUCGUCGUCAGAAAUAAUCAGGAGUGUCGCAUCAGCCGGCAGUACCUGUACCAGGCGUCCGCCUUCGUCUGUGGCGUAUGCCUGCUGGCCCUGCCGGCGGUGCAGGGCUACAGCGGCUACGUCCUCUUCGCCUGGCUGUACGGCAUCUUCUACGGCGGCUUCCAGUACAGCCUGAAGAUGUGCACCUACGAGAAGGUGCGCGCGCGGAACUUCGCCAAGACGUGGGGCUUCGUACAGGGCUCGCAAGCAAUUCCCGUACUUAUCGGUGCGCCCGUCACAGGCUACAUCAACGUGGCGAUCGGCAGCAAGGCCGGCUACUACUUCAGCGCCACGUUCGUCGUGAUCGGCAGCAUCAGCAUCUCGCUGAUGGACUUCCAGCGGCGUCAGCGGGUGCUCAGCCUGCUGAAGCAGCGCGCCACAGCCAUCGCGCACAGCAGCGGCGAGCAACGCAAACAGGAGCUCACCUGCAUCUCGGAGGAGGGCAUCGCCGACAUGGACCUGCCCGACGCGCUCUUCGAGGACAUCGAGCUCGAGCUCAACAUGCUGCAGGGCGACAUCACCUCGUGCAACAAGGUGGAGAACUACCUAAUGCUGAGUGAGUACGAGAACAACCUGAUCGCCGAGCUGCCGGAGCGCAGCGACGUGGAGAGUGACCUCAACUCGGACUCGUCCAUCCCGUCGCGCCUCUUCCGGAACUUCCGGCGCGCAAAGAAGCGGGACGCGCCGGGCGCCGGCGGGGCGCCGCUGUAG